UCAACUGUACCGCAGAAAUGGAAAGUAAAUCACAGAAAAUAGAUGUUGUUUUGGCAGCAGCUGAGAAGUACUUGGGUGUACGAGAUUUGACUUCAGAAGAGUUACAGGGUGUGUUGACUGGUGGUGUCCCUUCCUUCCAGGUCGUUGGCCUGGGGUAGGAUCAGAUUCAAUUAGUGGAAUAAGGUGGUGGGUUUUAAUGAGUGUAGGGUUAGUUGGUAUGGUAAUUAAAAAUAUAUGUUUUAUUAAAUUUUUCCCGUUUCCCACGAUGUAUUACAACGUGUAAUGGAUUUAUACUAUAGUUCAGUUGGGGGCGGUAAUGCAACAUAUUGGAUGCCAACCGCCAUUAUACCUCAUUUAAGAAGAUCACAGCAUCGAGUCACCGCACGACACAGAAAACGGACCAGACCCUAAAAUACACGCCACUAAAAACACACAUGGAUCUAUAGGAACCAGUAUAUCGGUGAAUACAGCAAAAUUAGACGCGCCUGACCAUUACCACAAGGUUACACAUAGCUGUAGUUUAUGCUAGGUUAUGUAUGCAGGGAGAAUUGCAGUUGCUGUUUGGAAGUGAAAUAUUUUAUGGAGGCUUGGAAGGACGCGGGGGAGCGAGGAGCCGAAGUGGGGAAACUGGAGAUUGCUACAACGUACUGGAAACUACAGCUUCUGCUGGCUACGAGUAACCCACGCGCACGGGACGGGGUGGAAACAUGGCCGCGAAUGGCAACAAUUUAACAUCUGGGAUGGGAGAAAUUAUCCAACUGAACGUUGGUGGGACACGGUUCAGCACCUCUAGACAGACUCUCAUGUGGAUCCCAGACUCUUUCUUUUCAAGUUUGCUGAGUGGGAGAAUAUCAUCUCUACUGGAUGAAACUGGAGCUAUAUUUAUUGACAGGGACCCAACAGCCUUUGCGCCCAUCUUGAAUUUCCUUCGAACCAAAGAGUUAGACUUAAGGGGGGUAAACAUUAACAUUCUCCGCCAUGAAGCUGAGUUUUAUGGGAUAACGCCAUUAGUGAGGAGGUUGUUGCUGUGUGAGGAGAUAGAGCGUUCGUGUUGUGGCAGUGUUCUGUUCCAUGGAUACCUUCCCCCUCCAGGUACUAAUGUGCUUCUCCCAGCCCGUAACUCCAGCCCCACCCCUGCAGCCUCUGGCCUUGCCGCUGAGGAUCGGCCUGGUCCUAGCGGAGCAGAAGGGGGGUUCCCCCAAACCUGCCCCCCCCACACCUCCCUUCCCGGACCCCCUGGAGCCGAGGCGCCACACAGACUGGGUGCUGUGGUGGAUCCUAGGAAGGUGCUGAUUGUAGCUGGACAUCAUAACUGGAUCGUAGUGGCUUAUGCACACUUUGUCAUCUGUUACAGGAUAAAGGAGUCAUCAGGGUGGCAGCAGGUGUUUUCUAGCCCCUAUCUGGACUGGUCCAUUGAGAGAAUCGCUGUCAACGCCAAGGUGGUAGGUGGUCCCCAUGGCGAUAAGGACAAGAUGGUGGCAGCCGCCUCCGAUAGCAACAUCAUCCUCUGGAGCAUCCAGGACGGAGGGAGCGGAAACGAGAUAGGUGUGUUUAGUCUGGGUGUACCAGUAGAUCAUCUAUUCUUCAUUGGGAACCAGCUAGUGGCCACCAGUCACAUGGGGAAGGUGGGGGUCUGGAACGCUGUCACACAGCAUUGGCAGGUGCAAGAUGUAGUUCCCAUCACCAGCUGUGACACAGCUGGCUCCUUCCUGCUUCUGGGUUGCAACAACGGAUCCAUCUACUAUAUAGACAUGCAGAAGUUUCCUUUGAGGAUGAAGGAUAAUGAUCUGUUGGUGACAGAACUGUACCACGACCCAUCUGACGAUGCCAUAACUGCUCUCAGUGUCUACUUCACACCCAAGACCAGUGUGAGUGGUAACUGGAUAGAGAUGGCGUAUGGGACCAGUUCUGGAGCAGUGAGGGUUAUAGUCCAACACCCUGAGACAGUAGGCUCUGGACCUCAGCUCUUCCAGACCUUCACUGUCCACCGCUCCCCUGUCACCAAGAUCAUGCUCUCUGAGAAACACCUGGUCUCAGUGUGUGCGGACAACAACCAUGUGCGUACGUGGACAGUGACGCGGUUCCGAGGCAUGAUCUCCACGCAGCCUGGCUCCACCCCCCUCGCCUCCUUUAAGAUCCUCUCAUUGGAGGAGACUGAGAGCCACGGCAGCUACUCAUCAGGCAAUGACAUUGGUCCAUUUGGGGAGAGAGAGGACCAGCAGGUGUUUAUUCAGAAGGUCAUCCCCAUCACCAACAAGCUGUUUGUUCGCCUCUCCUCCACUGGGAAAAGGAUCUGUGAGGUGGCGGCAGUGGAUGGGACCACCAUCUCGUGUUUCACAGUUAGGGAGUGUGAGGGUUCUAGCAGGAUGGGUUCUAGACCCAGGAGGUACCUGUUCACAGGCCAUGGCAAUGGCAGCAUUCAGAUGUGGGACCUCACCACCGCUAUGUACACUGCCAACAAGGGAGAGGAGAAGAAGAAAGAUGAGGUGGGCGGGCCAACAGAAGAGGAGCUGCUUCAGCUAUUGGACCAGUGUGACCUCAGCACCUCCCGCUGUGCCACGCCCAACAUCAGCCCCGCCCCCUCGGUGCUGCAGCCCAGCCGUCUCCGAGAGUCCUGCUCCAGCCUCCAGCUGCAGGCCCAGGAUCCCAUUCCAGAGACGGCCACCUACGGAGCUCUGCGACCCUACAGAGAGAGCCCACUGCUGGCCCGAGCCCGGCGCACAGAGUCCUUCCACAACUACAAAGACUUCCAGAACUUCUCCCUAGGGAAAGGCCUGCUGGAGAGCCCUGAACAGGCUCCAGGACAGGGGGCACGCCCAGGUACAGAAGCCAGAACCCGGUCGCUGUGUGAGGCUGGAGAGGAGGUUGGGAGGAGGGGCUCUGCCAUGGAGCUCUGGGCUAGCCGAACCACUAACGCCGCCUACGCUAAUGUCUUUGCUAACGUUGCAGCUGAGGGUAUCACAGAAUCGCCACGGCAACCGCCUGAGAGCCCUGGUGGUGACAUUCGUCGAAGGCUCCAAUCGGAGGAGGAGGAGUGGGCGGGGCUUGGAUCAGGGGCGGAGGCUAGAGGCUCUGAGGUGAGGAGGAAGGCAGGGUUUGAGGGGGGGUUGUUUCUGGGCAGGAAGAGGGCACCUCCCGUCCCCCAGCUCUCCUCGCUGUCCUCGGGGGGAUGCAGUGACUCCUCCUCCACCGCCUCCCCCUCCCCCACUAAGCUGGCCUCCACUUCCCCCCGGCGCAGGAAGUGCAGCGAGCCGGCCAAUCAGGACAGCAACCUGUGAGUGAAAGACAGCUCUGAUGCAGACACACCCCUUGUGUCUGUCAAUCAACAGCUUCAGGUAGAAGUUACCCCCGAAACACUGAUCUAGGACCAGCCAACCCUCCACAAGCCUAACCAUUAGGAGGAACUGGCCUUAGAUCAGUGUCUGAGGGCAACUUCAUCUCACAGGCAACACUCAUGUGCCGCAGCCUAAGGAUCAUGACUUUAACCCUUUAUAUAUCUCCAUCAUUGCUGGUAUCUGGUUGCUACACAAUUAAUAAUAAUAAAUCAUUUGGUGGGUGCUUAUAUUUGUUCUAACGUCAUACAUGUACAAGUGUGUAUUAAUACUUGUGUGUGAAUUGGACAUGUGUUUUUUGCAUAUCCCAACUCUCCAGGAGACACCCUUGGAGUUUGGGUUCAUGGCCAGGGUGCACCUCCAAUGUUUGUUCCAAUAGUCCCUCAUGACAUCAUUCAGACUUUUUGUGUUGGAUGCAUGUAGUUUACCGACUGUUAACAAAGUGCUACAUACGUUUAUUUCCCCCUUGUGGUUACUUUCCCAAACCAGUAGCCAUGUGUGUUGUGUUUUAGACAUGAAUGAAUUCAACACUACACAGUAAAUCACUUUAUUUGUACUUCCUGAUCGAAACAGACCGACGUCUCAUGCUGAAGAUCAAUGUGACUUUCCAUGGUGUUGUUUCUUUAAAUAUAAGGAGGAUUACAUUUUGUAGUGCCUUCUUUGACAUCAGCCAUAAUCUACGUAUCCCCCUGUCCUGUGAUGGAGAGAGGAUAUAGAGUCUUAAGGGCAGAUUCAAUGAGAUUGGCAGCCGCAUAGCGUCGUUUUGGAGGUGUCGGAGGUGGAGCUGCGUUAGAGCUGUCAAAUCCACAAGAGGCUCGUUGUGUUACCUGCCAUUGGAUGCAACGAAACCACACCAGACUGUAAUCCCAACAAAUCCCAUGCGGCCGCGUUAAAGUUCAAUCACUCAAAUUAGACUGGUGGGCAUAAAUCCCCCAUCAAAUGAGCAUGAAAACAUGCAUCAGCCUCACAUCAAUGACACCAGUCAUUAUUUUGAACAUGAUAGAAGCCUGCACUUUUCUAGUGCCGUUUUGAACCUCUAACACAAAGGGAUAAUAAGGAAGACGAUUGAUGUGUGACAGGAGCAUCCGCUCACCGAUAUGCCAGCUCAUACCGCUUGUACACCUCCAACACAUUCAGGCUGUAUCACAACCGGCCGUGAUUGGGAGUCCCAUAGGGCGGCGCACAAUUGGCCCAGCGUCGUCCGGGUUUGAUCAGUGUAGGCUGUUAUUGUAAAUAAGAAUUUGUUCUUAACUUUCUGGCCUAGUUAAAUAAAGGUUAAAAACAAAUGUGCUGCUAUGUGGAUGUCGGCAAACGCUGGUUAAAGCUCCAUCUGAUUGAAUCCAGGCCUUAGACCAAAGGUUCUGACUGUCCAGUUGUCACAGGUUGGAUAGCUGCUAUUAUUGUCACUCCUGUCACCCAACGAUAGCUUUCAGAUGGACAAAGAGAAUAGGGGAGAGAGAGAGAGCAAGAGAUCAAUGGAGCCCAUCCUUUAGUUCCCUUCCUAAGACAUCCUCUACCCCAUCACUGGACCAGACCUGGGUCAAGUACAUACAACUUGAGGUGCACUUGAUUUAGCUUGUCCACUGAAAUGGAACCAAUGGAAUAGUCCCAAAAGUGCAAACGCUGCCCAACACUCUAAAUCAAGCACACCCCUUGUAUUUGAAUGUACUGUAUUUGACCCAGGUCUGUUUUAGACAGAGGUGUUCAAUAAGAGAUGUUCAAUAAGGAAUAUUGAACAUGUACAAAGAUGUACAUUUAAAUAAUAUGCAACCUGAUUAUACUGUAUGUGAAGAGUAUACAGUACCUACAAAAUCCAAACUAUAUAUAUAUAUAUAUAUGUAACCAUACUGAUGCAUUUAAUAUUUAUGUAACUAUCUACAUAUUUGCUGUUGUUUGCGACAUGUCUGUUUGUUCUCAUAUAAUAUAUAUUGAUAUGAAUCCUAUUUUAUUGUACCUAAAUUGUAUUUACACUCGCACUAUGAAGACUAAAUAAUGAAGUAAUAUUGUAUUUGGUAUGAGAUGAUAUGUAGCCCUUUGAGGAAUAAUGCCUGUCCCUCUGUGUCUAAGGCCUGGAUUUAUUCCGAUCCACGUUAGAUCCGCCUUAUAGUGCGAUUUGACAUUUAAAGGUAAUUUCCUAUUGAGCUGACAUAUCCAUCGUUUACCGUGAAUGCGGUUUUUACGAAAGUGGGAACAUUGCCUUUAAAAGUUGUAUAGGGACGAUCAGAUUGAAUCUAUUUGAAUGUUGUAUAGGGGCGAUCAGAUUGAAUCUAUUUGAAUGUUGUAUAGGGGCGAUCAGAUUGAAUCUAUUUGAAUGUUGUAUAGGGGCGAUCAGAUUGAAUCUAUUUGAAUGUUGUAUAGGGGCGAUCAGAUUGAAUCUAUUUGAAUGUUGUAUAGGGGCGAUCAGAUUGAAUCUAUUUGAAUGUUGUAUAGGGGCGAUCAGAUUGAAUCUAUUUGAAUGUUGUA